AUGGGUUGCUAUUAAAGUAAAAAUGUUAUAUAUUAAGUUUCUGUUUCUGAACCUAGAUAAGGUGAAACUGCUAUAUAUAGAUCUCCUAAAGCUUUAGAAUAAUUGUUAUUAUCUCCAGAUGAUAAAUGCUUUACAAUGUAAGAUAUUCUUUUAUAAUCUUUAAAAUAAUUCGGUCCUUUGCCUUUCUUAGGUACUAUUGAUAAAUAAACAUUUAAUAAAUAUAACUGGAAGACAUAUAACUAAACAAAAGACAUGAUAGAAAAACUAGGAACUAAUAUAAAUAGAAAAAAAUUAUACACUGUUGCUAAUGAUUUCGAAAAUUUCAAAAUGAAUUUGGUAGGAAUAUUUUCAAAAAAUAGAGAAGAAUGGCUUGUUUUAGAAUAUGCUAAUUGUUUAUAUAGAAAAACUAUGGUGCCACUAUAUGAUACAUUAGGACCUGAAUCUAUUUAAUAUAUUUUAGAGCAAACAGAACUAGAAAGUCUGUUUAUUGAUUAAGAUGCAGUCGAUUCUUUAAUUAAAACUAAUUAAUUAGAAAAUCUUAAAAAUGUAAUAUUAUUCGAUGAAAUAUCUGAGGAUAAAAACAAAAAACUAUAAGAGAAAGGACUUACUAUCAUUAAAUUUAAAGAUUUACUUUAAUUAGAAGGGGCUCCAGAUUAAUAUGAAAAAGUUAGUCCAGAUGAUAUUUUCACAUUUUCAUAUACUUCAGGGACUACAGGAUUCCCUAAAGGGGCUAUGAUCUCUCAUAAAAAUAUAGUCUCAGUUAUUGCUGUUUGCACAGAAGAAAAAAUGGAUACAAAUGAUGUUUAUUAUUCAUAUCUUCCACUUCCUCAUGUAUUUGAAAGAUUAUCUAUAUGUUAUUUUUUAUUCAUAGGAGGCAGAAUAGGAUUUUAUAGAGGUGAUGUCAAAAAACUUAAAGAAGAUCUUGCAAUCGUUAAACCCACUGUAUUUGUGGCUGUACCAAGAGUUUUAAAUAAAUUUUUUGACGCUAUAAAUGCUUAGUUUAGUUAGGCUUAAGGACUAAAAGGGAAAUUAUUAUAAAAAGCUUUAUAGACAAAAAUUUAUUGGUCUAAAAAUGGAUAUUAUACUCAUAAAUUUUGGGAUAAAUUAAUAUUUAAUAAAGUAAAAAAUGCCCUUGGAGGAAACGUUAAAUUUUCAUUAUGUGGAGGAGCACCUAUUAGUAGUGAAGUUUUAACUUUUUUAAGAGGAACUUUAUGUAUGCCUAUAAACGAAGGAUACGGAUAAACUGAAGGUACAGGAGCUUAGUUUUCUACAUAUAAAGAUGAUGGAGAGACAGGACAUGUAGGAGGUAUUAGAGGACAUUUGGAAAUGAAGCUAAUAGAUAUUCCUGAAAUGCGAUAUACAUCAAAAGAUUUAGAUUAAGAUGGAAAUCCAUGCCCUAGAGGUGAAAUAUGUGUAAGAGGAAACUCUAUUUUUUGUGGAUAUUAUAAAUAAAAAGAUAAAACUAUGGAAGCUAUAGAUAAAGACGGAUGGUUACAUAGUGGGGAUGUCGGAAGAAUCAAUUUUAAGACAAAAAGUUUAACAAUUAUAGAUAGAAAGAAGAAUAUUUUCAAAUUGUCAUAAGGAGAAUACAUUGCUCCUGAAAAAAUCGAAAAUGUGUACUUGAGAGCUUAAGGAGUCGAAGAAUGCUUCGUUUAUGGAGAUUCUUUAUAAUCUGUACUUAUUGCUAUUGUACAUCCUACAUUAGAAUACUUGAAAUAAUUAGCAGAUGAAAAAGGAUAUACUUAUGAUCCAGAAUAAUUAUGUAAAAAUAAGGAGAUAAUUAAAAUCAUUAAGGAUAAUAUGAUCUAAUUAGGAAAAUAAGAAGGACUUUUUGGCUUUGAAUAGGCAAAAGGAUUGUAUUUAUUCCAUAAGUCUUUCAGUGAAAUUAAUUGUUUGACUAAUACUAUGAAACUCAAAAGAAAAGAAUGUAAAGAUUACUUUAAAUAGUUUAUUGAUGAAUUUUAUGCAGAAGAAAAUAAAAAAUAAUAAGAAUAAUAAAAAUGA